AUGGCCAUAAUCUCAUUUUCACCAAUUUAUCUGCUACUACUCUUUGCCAGACUCUCAGCUUUUACAGUUGCAUUUCUUGUACUCACUUGGGCUCUUCAUUUCAAGACCAGUUUUCUCCCUCAUACACACUCCCAAGAAGACCUAAUUUAUUCUGUGCUGCAUCCUUUGCUAAUGGUGAUUGGUUUCAUUCUUAUUAGUGGAGAAGCAAUUUUGGUGCAUAGAUGUUUACCUGGUUCAAGAAAUUUGAAGAAAUCAGUGCAUUUGUGUCUUCAAGGACUUGCUUUGGCAAGUGGGAUUUUUGGAAUUUGGACCAAAUUUCAUGGACAAGAUGGAGUUGUGGCUAAUUUCUAUAGUUUGCAUUCAUGGAUGGGUUUGAUCUGUAUCUCCAUGUUUGGGGCUCAGUGGCUUGGUGGUUUUCUAAGCUUUUGGCAUAAAGGGGAGGCACGGACAACAAGAUUAAGAGUCUUGCCCUGGCAUGUCUUCCUUGGGCUAUACACAUAUGGUUUGGCGUUAGUCACAGCUGAGACAGGGCUUCUUGAGAAGUUAACUUUCUUGCAAACCAAAGGAGAAGUAUUGAAGCGUAGCACAGAAUCAGCAAUUGUAAAUGGUUUAGGACUAGGGUUGGCUUUGUUGGGCGGUGCUAUAAUAUUACUAGCAAUAGCUCCUAAACACCAAAUUCCAAAAUCUAAGAUUAUGCAUUCAACCUAG